GCCAUCGGCACUUGUGGGCCCCACCAUAAACUCCGGUGGGUCCUAACUCCACCCGCUCUGGUCCUCCGGCGUUCUUUGAGAAAGAGAAAGAGGGAGGAGAGGAUUUAUGAGACGGAGGUGGUGGCGAUGGGCGCGGUGACUUCGACGAUCGCGGCGAAGUUCGCCUUCUUCCCGCCGAGUCCGCCUUCAUACACGGUGGUGGCCUGCGUGGGAGGCGGCGGGGGGCUUACGAUACCGGAGAUCUCACCGGCGGCGAGUGAGGGGGUGGACGUGCUUCGCCUGAGGACGCGGAGGGGAAACGAUAUCGUCGCUAUGUAUGUCAAGAAUCCUAGGGCUGGAGCCACCCUCCUCUACUCACACGGCAACGCAGCGGAUCUUGGCCAGAUGUUCUCUCUCUUCGUCGAGCUCAGCGCCCGUCUUCGCAUCAAUUUAAUGGGGUAUGAUUAUUCUGGUUAUGGGCAAUCCUCUGGGAAGCCCACCGAAUACAAUACAUAUGCAGACAUAGAGACUGUCUAUGAAUGCUUGAAGGAACAGUACAAAGUUGCAGAUGAAGAUAUUAUUUUGUAUGGUCAAUCUGUAGGAAGUGGCCCAACUCUUGAUCUGGCAUCACGUUUGCCAAACUUAAGGGCUGUUGUGCUUCAUAGUCCUAUCCUUUCAGGACUCCGAGUAUUGUAUCCAGUCAAACACACUUACUGGUUUGACAUUUACAAGAACAUCGAUAAAAUAAACCUGGUGAAAUGCCCAGCUUUAGUAAUUCAUGUAAGCAAUCUAUUUCUACUAAGAUUUAUUCCUUACCCCAAAUCAAUUCAUGCUAUACAUCAUCUUUUCUUUCUGAAUGAUCGCAUUGUUAUGUAUUUCUUUGGUGGAGUCUGUUUCGUGCUCGGUCUUCGUUCUGGCAGUGCCGAGGCCUAUUCUCCUCGAUAUGCGAAUACUUUCUAUUUAAGCGGAAUACUGGCAGCAAACGGAGCUCAGUUUCCCCCACGUGCAGACAGGACUCAAAUGUCGCUUCUUCAAGAUGCACUUCUUUUAUCAGACAGAGCUUUGGAUUCACUUUCAUGGAUGGCUUCCAUUGGAUCCAUGGACUUUGAAGAACUGCUUUUUAUGUCAAUAUACGGUGGUACAACUAGAAUGUCCUUGAGUCAGACUUGGAGAUGGAUGUGCUUGAACAUGGUUUUUCUCCGAAUUCAAGCAUUGAUUCAGUUGGAGACUUUCGACUCCAAAGACUCUUAA